AUGUUUCUUGGGAACGGAUAUUCAGAAGAAGCAAUACAACGCAACAUACGGAUGAUGAUGAACAGAUGGGAGGACGGAGAGCAAAAGGGGCAGGAGCAAAAUAUGGAUAUGUCUGGCGUCCUGCGAAUUGGGUCGAAAGCUACCACCAACAGUAUAGAAAUUAAACUUUCUUAUAAUCCUGAAGGAAAGGACAACCCUCUUCACCAUCUUGCUCACACAACAUGA